GGAGUAGUACCUCGUCUUAUUGUAUAUUUGUAAUAUUGUUUAAUUGUCGCUACUAUUCAUCUCUGCCAACGACUUGACCGAAGCUGAUGAAGAAGGCGCCUGCCGGACCUGCACGCAGUAGCUUGCGCGCCGUCAAAGAGCGGCAACUCGCGCUCGUCGAGAGACCCAGCCGCGAUAUCCAGCCCGUGGGCGCACGGGAGCUGCAGGUGGAUGAUGACUGGGAAGAACGCUUGAACUUGGAGGUCAAGAUAAUGAACGUCGUGGGCACAGUGGAUUUGAAAACGCCGUUAGACCUCAAAACGAUCGCGUUACAUGCACGCAACGCCGAAUACAACCCCAAGCGAUUCUCAGCGGUGAUCAUGCGAUUACGUGACCCCAAGACGACGGCGCUGAUCUUCGGCUCUGGAAAGAUUGUCAUUACGGGCGGAACAAGUGAAGACAGUUGCAGGUUAGCUGCUCGCAAAUUCACGCGCGUAAUACAGAAAUUAAACUUCCCGGCCAAGUUCACAGAGUUCAAAGUGCGCAAUGUGAUGGGAACGUGUGACAUCCGCUUCCCGAUUCGUCUGGAGGGACUAUUGAACGAUCAUGCGCGCUUCUCUAGUUACGAACCGGAGCUGUUUCCCGGUCUUAUCUACAAACUCGUAGAGCCCAAGCUGACGUUGCUCAUCUUCGUGUCUGGCAAGAUCGUGCUGUGUGGCGCUAGAGACUCGAACCAUCUCCAUCAAGCCAUCGACAAGAUGUACCCCGUGCUUCUACAGUACCGAAAGAUGACAGCACCACCAUCAUUGCUGACAGGGAAACCAGGAUAUGAAGAUAGCGAGGAUCUCGACCGUCUAGAGCCGGGGGCUAACGUCUAAGACCAACGAGACAGUAUGAGUCUGCAUUGCUGUAUAUCUAGCCUUCUCCCACGCAACUAAAAAAUCAACGAAAAACAAACAGGAAAUGUAGCAUAUGCAUCCAGAUUCCUCAAGUGCAACUCAAAGCGACAAAUUCAUUUGUUCGCAUCUAUCCCUAGCCUAUUCACUCGCUUUUCGGGU